AUGUCGCAACACACAACCACUAUAAGGUUCGCAAGCCCCAAUGAACGCCGCACUAUCAGUCGUGAGGACGUUGGUUUCUACCAUGCUCUAGUGAUAGGAGCAAUUUAUGAAAUCCCCAGUGGAUCUCGAGACAUCACAUCCGCUCGUUCUUUUAUUCCACCUCUGACGCGAUGCAUCCAAAAGUAUCCUUAUCUCAGCGUGCUUGUCAAGGAUAAGCAUACCGAAAAGCCAUUUUACGAGGCAAGCUCGAGCGUAAAUCUCGAAGACCAUGUGUCUAUCGCCAACACCGAAGAUAGUAGCGACGGCGAAAACGAAACUAUUGAAAGAGCAUUGCCAGCCAUACUCGACCGGCCAUGGCCAGUUGACCUACCGCCUUGGCGAAUUGUUGUUCUCCCUCUCUCCUCGACUGAUCCCACCUUAACGCGCUGUUUUAUUGCCCUUGCAUUUUCCCAUGCCCUCGGAGACGGUAUGGUCGGAAUGUCAUUUCAUAACACCUUUUUGGACGCAUGGCGACAGUCUUCUGGUGUCGACAGUGCGUCUUUCAUAGUGACACCGCCGGGCGGAGCACUUCCGGACCCGUUCGAUACACCUGGAAGACUUCCAAUAUCUUGGAGCUUCCUCCUGGGACCCUUGAUUGCGGUUUAUUUGCCAAAGUUUUUGGCGAAAAUGCUCGGUCUCCGCGCCGCAGCCAGCACAGUAGAUGCGGGUACUUGGACUGGCUCGCCAAUAUUUUUUGAUCCAGAUGCGACCGAAAAGAGCAGAGUUCGUCUUCUCGAGAUUGAAGCUCCACUUGUACAAAAUGCGUUGCAGAUCUCAAGAAAACACAAUACCAAACUUACCGGAACGGUGCAUCAAAUGGUUAUCCGGGCGUUGAGCAAGGCCGUGCCUAACCCCGAAGUAACCAAUUUUAUCUCGGGGACACCUGUCGAUAUGCGAGCAUCCAUUGGUACACCAGCUCUUACUUGGGGUCUUUUCGUUUCUGGAUAUUACGAGGUUCAUCUGCGCCCAUCCAACGCGGGUCCUGUAUUUUCUGAGGAAAUGUGGGUAGCCGCCAGCUCGAUGACGAAGAACAUUGCUGCAUGUGCAGCCACACUUCAAGACCAGGCAAUUGGAUUGUUGAGAUACGUGCCUGGAAUCAGGAAGUGGACGUUGAGCAAGAUCGGCCAGCAGCGGGACUCAUCGUAUGAAUUGAGCAAUCUUCUUGCCUUCAAUGAUAUGGAUGGAAGUGAAGAUCAGAAGUACAGAAUUAGCAAGAUGGUCUUCACCCAGCCUGGUAAUGUUCCCAGUGCGCCGCUUGUGUUUAACAUUAUUAGUGUUAAAGGGGGUAGCUUGAUGUGCACGGUCAGCUGGCAAGCCGGGGCCUUGGACAUGCCGCUAGAAGAGGAGCAGUCAUUUGUUGAUGGGAUAUGUUCAUCAAUCCGGGCAGAUUUCGAGGCUUUAAGUGAUUGA